AGAAAUAUUUGUUUUUGGUAUUAUAAAAUAUAAAGGGUUCUGAAAGCGUACACAUGGAUCAAAUAUAGUAGCAUUUAUGGUAUUUCCUUCCUAUAAAAAUUCCAGAAAAAUUUCAUCACUAUCAGAUGUCUCAUCACCCAACUUCUCAUCACAUUCAAUUUUUCUCGCUCUACCUUAUUUUGUACAGACUCUUCCCUUAGUUAUACGACUCAUACUCUUGUUAAUCAAUGGAUAUUGAUGAAUCAGGAGUCAGAAAGAGCGGUGGGUUCUUGAGACGCGGGUGGUGGUGGCUUAAGGCAGGGCCGGAUAGAUUCGUAGACAAUGUAGUUGAAUUUGCAGACAAGGUAGAGAAGCUUGGAAAGGAUGACCCAAGAAGGAUUAUUCAUUCUAUCAAGGUCGGAUUAACACUCUCACUGGUUUCUCUUCUGUACUACUUCAGACCAAUCUAUGGUGGCUUUGGUUCCUCUAAUAUGUGGGCUAUUUUAACAGUGGUGGUCGUUUUCGAAUACAGUGUUGGGGCUACGCUGGGUAAAGGAUUUAAUAGAGCAUUAGCAACAUUUGUAGCCGGUGCCUUAGGAUUUGGCGCUCAUCACUUGGCAACUCUAGCCGGAGAUAGAGGGCAGCCUGUAAUUCUCUGGUUCUCUAUCUUCCUACUAGCGGCUGUAGCAUCAUUUGCCCGUUUCUUUCCGGGAGUGAAAGCGAGAUAUGAUUACGGGGUGCUGAUAUUUAUACUAACAUUUUGUUUAGUAUCAGUAUCCGAUUAUCGAGAAGAUGAGAUCUUAGAAAUUGCUCACAAAAGGGUGUCAACAAUCAUUAUAGGUUGUUUAACGUGUGUGAUCAUGUCCAUUUUUGUGUUCCCUGUAUGGGCUGGUCAUGACUUUCACAAACUGAUUGCUCGCAACAUAGAAAAACAAGCAGAUUUCUUGAAAGGAUUCGGAGAACUAUAUUUUGAGACUAAGGGGGAUACAGAUAUGUCAUGGCUUCAUGGAUAUAAAAGUGUUCUGAAUUCUAAGACAGCUGAAGAAGCAAUGGCAAAUUUUGCUAGAUGGGAGCCACCUCAUGGAAAAUUCAGAUUUGGGCAUCCAUGGAAGCAAUAUUUGAAAGUCUGCGAAAUGACUCGGCAAUGUGCAUACAGGUUGGAAGCAUUAAGCAACUGCAUCCCCUCUGGAAUGAAAGAACCAUCAGAGUUCAAGGAGUUAAUCGCACAGUCAUGCAUGGAAAUAAGUUUUGAGUCAGCCAACGCUUUGCAGGAAAUUUCCUCGGCAGUUAAGAAAAUGUCAUACCCAUUUACAGUUUCCACGCAUAUCACGAACGCAAAAACUGCUGCUGAUGAUCUGCAUGCCGCCUUAGAAGCCAUUACAUUGGAAAACACUAACGUCUUGGAGGAUGUCAUGCCAGCAGCCUCUGUCACUUCUCUACUAAUUGAGAUUAUUGAAUGUGUCCAAAACAUUGCAGAGUCGGUGAAGGAGCUUGCUUGCUUAGCCAAGUUUAAUGGUGCAGAUCUCGCCAUGUCACCAGAGAAACCAACACGGAGAUUGCUUCGCAGAGGAAAUAUAAAACCACAUCAUAUCGAAAAUGAUUCAACCCAUGCUUUAAUUACUGCUUAUGCUACUUCAGCUAUGGUGGAAUGAAAAAGCGUAUUCUGAAUUCGACCUGUAUAUGGUUCUCAGAAACCGGCACGUUUUGAGUUGCUUACUUUCACGCCUAGUUUUUACGUGAACUCCAUUCAAGCGUUAUACUAAUACUCUGUUAGUUGUAAAAAA